AUGGCAGUUGUUGACAUAGAUACUACUAUGACAGAUGCUACCGUACACGACGCACCUACCAUGCAUGGCACGCUACAACAUGAUUCCUACGCUGACGGCUGGCACUCAAACGAGCAUGCAAACGAGCACACGAAUGAGCAUGCCAACGAGAAUGGGAAAGGUCGAGCGGACUCCUUCACUGGGGGAGACAACGAUGACAAUUUGUUUGGCGACAUGGGCCCUGACAUGUUCGGAGAUACCGACAUUACUGAUGCUGACUUCAACUUCUUUGACGAAGAGGGCGAUGAUCUCGACCUAUCUGGCUUACCUGACUUGGGCAUGCCUGACGGACCACCGAUGCCUGCUGUCCUCCCCGUAUCUAUGCCUGAGCCGGCAAAACUGAUGUUGCCUCCGGUGGAGGAUACUAAGCCCGAACCAAGUCCUCCGAUUUUCACCAAGCCGGAGUUGAAGCAUGCGCGAAGUACAUUGAUGGACGAGGGAAAACAACGGUCCAACACGGACAGGGCAGGCGGUAUGAAGAGAGAGUCAAGCCCUUUCGAUCCGGAUAUUGUCUACAAAAGAGUUCGGGCCUCUCUGGCAGAUAUCCGCUCUGCUCCCCAAUCAACCCCUGCGCGGAAAGGCAGCAUUUUCGAUAGCGUGGACUUUGAUCCAGUCUUGCCUCUUGUCAACAAGAAGUACGAGCAAGGAGGACGAUUUGAUUGCAAGCCGACGCUCCAAGGCCUGCCUCAAGAAUCCAGCAAUCAGUCUCUUCAUCAGGGGCCGCCUACUACCGACUACCUACGACGACACGGCAAGGGCAGGAAGCCACUUAAACAACCAGAACACACGAACGCCCUGAUCCGAACUAUCACAGGCAACCUCGAGAACAGUUCCUUAAUUGCGAGUCCCGGGAAAGGUGAUGAUCUUGCAUCUGACGCCGAUGACAUCAGCCUAGUAUCAGACCAAGACGACUCGAGCACGUCAGAAGACGAGCCGACGUCGCCCUUCAAGUCAAGCAUUCGAAGACUGAACUUGGACGACGACGUUGCGUCUCAUGUCACUUCCCUUAGAGAUAUUGAGUCUGUCGAGGAUUCAGAUCCUACAUUAGCUUUGGACCUUCCAAAGCUAGCCAAGGCUGAAGCCUCAGAAAUGCUCAUUACGAGAUACUUUGAAGAUGCAGAGUCACUACCUAUUCAUCUUUCACUUCCAGAUGAGGACACCAUCACCAUUGCUCAAAUUGUCACUGAGCAAGCGGUAACUGGGAAUUUGAGAAUACGCGACGCGCAUGCGAAUACGCUGAACUCGGCAAUCAUACCGGAAACCCGGCGCCAAUUAUCCUCCCUAGGCCGGACCGCUUUGCAAGCUUUGCGCGAGGUGAUUCCCGCUUGUCUGGGUGACUUCAACAUAUGCAACUUCAAAGGUGUGGUCGAGAUUCCCGACGUUCCCCUACUUGGCCCGCCCAACAGACUUCAUCCGAGGCCGGUCAAUCCGCGGGACAAUAACGCAGAACCGCCAAAGCCAAAUAACCUCUUCCAGAUCCCAGCUCCUCAUAUGGAACUUCGACGUGCGGAAGCUAGACUAUCGGUCUUGCCAGCGAGCGUUCAAUUUUGGGAAAGCUUGGGGUUGGGUCCUGCUCAAGGCACAAAGGACGUCAAUGUUGUUUGUGUCUUCCCCCAUUGGGAUGGAAUGUCAGAUGUUGCCGCCGCCUUUCUGGACCGCAUGCGAAACGUUUACGAGCUUCUCAAGUUGGGCUCCUUCGAACGCCUUGCGACCAGUUCCAAGGUGGCUGAUGGCCUUCUACCCUAUGAAGUAGACAAAAUCGCCACUUCGCCUGGGACCGUCAGUCCUCACAUUGUGGCCGGCCUGGGUGAUCGCAUGGAGGCACUCAACCAGGGGCUCAUUUCGGCCAAUGCUUCGGAAAAGAACUAUGUGAUAUACUUUGUAUAUCCCCCAGACCAUCCUGGGUCUAUCGUCGAGGCCUGCACUGCUUUCCAACAGCUCUUCGAGAUGCACAAAAGGACUCUGACAGACAGGCGGCAGACUCCAGUCAACGAAUUGGUCUUGCAACUUGUGCCCCUAGACUUUCUGACUUCUUCUACGGGAAUAGUAGAACCGACGCCUAGUGAUGCGAUCAAAUUGGCGAUCGAAACGUACGACCGCUGUACGCUAUUUGGCGGACCUAUGCCAUCACCAGCCAUUAUGCUCGAGCAGUCGCUACCCAGAGGCAUCGACUUCAAGCUUUCUAAUCCAUCUUCAUCGUCGUUGAUGCAUGAGAACACAUGUAUUCACAUCGCUUAUGCGCAGAGCAUCGACGAGAGAUGGAUCUCCGCGGCGUGGACUGACAACAGGGGAUGCCAGCAGAUGACAGCAUCAUACAACCUUGGCCGCAAGGGCAAGGCGCUGUCUACAUCGCUCAACGACGUCUACCACGAAAUAUGGGAAACUACCCAUGACUUGAUUUCUAAGUGGAAAGUCCACUGGCGAGUCAUCAUCUCCAAGUGCGGUUUCAUGGAUGCGCAAGAGAUUGGGUUCUGGCAGGGUCUGGCUCAGACGGAGUCGGUGGCAACGGUGAGCUUGACCUUGAUUUCGGUCGAUACCAAUCCGUCCAUGCAGUUGGUUCCGCCGGCCAUAAAGGUCCCGGCAACAACAUCCUCGGCCUUCUACACAACGCCCGUGUCCACCCCACAAGCAUCGAUAGUCUCACCAGAGCAGAGUGGCACGCCGGCCACACCCAUGAAAGAAAACACAACAAGCGCCGCAACUCCGGGCGGAACACCAGGCGACGGUAAUGCCGACCCUGUCGAAGGGGACGCUAUUCUUCUCGACGUUACAGACCAAACCUGGGGCGCCGUGCUGGCGCAUCGACUGAGCAACUCUUCUUCGUUGGGCGAGCUGAGCCCGGCCCUUAUUAGCGGGUAUCUCGUCAAACGUGGAGGGACGAAGCUCGAAGACCCGCCUGUCGUGCUAGAGGUUAGCAUUGUGCAUGCAGAUAACAAUCCGCGCAUGUACGAGCCUCUCAUGCGGGAGAUGCUUACCUACUUCAGGGGCCUUGGAACUCUAGCUCGCGCGAGGGGGGUUGUAGAUAGGGGUACGGAUAUACGUCCCUGGCACAUUGCGGCGGCGGAGAAGGGUGUUCGGGCAUUAUACCUUUUGAUGUGA